AUGCCGAAAACUGCCGCGGAUGUUGAGUUGCUGGUCGCUCUCCUGACUGAGGUCGAUGGGCAAGACCCACCUCGUCGAGAAUGCAUGGCACUGGAUGAUCCAAUUCACGACCGCAUGACCGUCGUUCUGGAUGCUGUUGCAAACGUUCUUGUUUCAAAACCAAAGGGAGAGGUAAUUGCAGUGGGUUUCCAGCAACGACAAGAACCGGACAGAGAAAUCAUUUUGACUGUCGCAUCCAACAGCAACCUCCCUGACUGUACCCUCCAGCACGCCCGCUUCCUCCUGGACAAGUUGCAUAAACUCGGACGGGAAUUUGCAGAUUUCCGUCUAAAGACAACAGCGCCUGACAACCAGUCUGACGACUGGGUUUCCUCCCCAUGGAUUGAUGAGCAUCAACUGCCAGACGACCUACUAGAGAAGAGCAACCUAUUUCGAAAAGACGCGUUCCUUUUUUCUCUCCCAAAAUUACGUCAACGGCUUAACAAACCCUGGGCAAGAAUGUCUCUUGCAAGUGCGUUUAUAGAAUAUGUUGAUGCUGUCGACAGCAUUUCGCAUUCCAAGGACCUUGAUAACCGCGAACUGAUUGGACAUUUGCGACUUAUUCGGGAUGUGCUUAACUUCGCUCUUCCGGUCGUCAACCAAAACAAUAAUCACGAUCCAGAGGACAUGGCAAAGCUUGUGGACGGCAUGGGCCAGGUGGACGAUGCACUACAAGAGAUACAGAAAAUUAAAGCUUGGGAGGCUAAACUCUUCGCUAUCGCUGAAACAGAGUUCCCCUUGGAACGAUUUCUUAAGAAAGCUGUCUCCCUCUCUCGUGCGGUAGAUACGCUUCUGAAGUAUGCAAAAUCCCCACGCCUGUACCGCCGGUAUCUCGACCGAACGAAGAUCCACGUUCAGCAGCUCAGUAAUGCACCUCGCCCAAUUUCUCUCCUAACAACGGGCGAUUGGAAUGAUGUCUGCAAAGAAGCUCUUCUGCACCACGCCGCGACAUCCCUCCUUGAGUUGAUUACAGAAGAUUGCAGUCGACCUGGAGCCGUCAUACGCAGCCGCUUUGAGAACCAAGACACUAUCCAGGCUCCUGUUCAUUGUGAGUGUGCGGUGGCCCUGCAUCUCCUAGCUAGCGGGCAGGCAAUCCCUUACAUUGGCGUCUCCAAAUUGUCAUGCCUAGCUUGCGCGUUGUUUUUGAAAUGUCUGAGUCGUACUGGCCACCAGUUCUGUACAAAAGGAUCACAUGCAAAGGCUUACUUCCCCUGGAAGUAUCCGGACAUCGAGAUAGCUGGUUCGCCUAUAUCUGAGGGACAUCGCGCUGAGAUCCUAGAGUCGUUCUAUGAGAGUCUCUCCGAAAUUUACGUCAGCCGCCUUCAAGCUCGCGAAAAGCUUCGCAAACUCUCUAACAGCUCUGCUGAGAUAGCAUCCGGCGGCAGCCGCAAGUAUAAAUUCUCAUUUAGGAAAACAGCCGCCUGA